CCUGUCCCUCUCUCAUUCUCCUCCCGCCAGACCACCACCAUGGCCGCGGCCGCCGCCGGCGCCUCUACUUCCGGCGCAACUGUGUCCGCAAUCUCUGCCCACGUAGCCGCCGGACGACUCUUCGCCGCCAUAGACACUCUCACCCCUUCCUGUUCCUCCUCCCCGAUACCCUCCUCGCUCUACGCCUCCCUCCUCCGUCUGGCCACCGACCACGGCUCCCUCUCUGCCGCCCGCCGCAUCACGACCCACUUCGCCUCCUCCGCCUUCCAAUUCAACCGCUCAUCAGUCCCCACCUUCCUAUUCAACCGCGCCAUCGAGUCUCUUGCUGCCUGCGGCGGCCUCGCGGACGCGCGGGAGUUGUUUGACUUAAUGCCGCGCCGUGACGGCGGUUCUUGGAAUGCCAUCAUCUACGCUUCCUCCCGCUCCGGGAAACCUACCGAGGCGCUUUCCCUCUUUGCCGAUAUGUACUCCCGUGGCGUUCGCCCCAACGAUGUCACAAUGGCAUCCGUGCUCGCCUGCUGCUCAGAGUGCCUCAACCCGUGUGGUGCCCAGCAGCUCCACGGCCAUAUCUCCAAGCGGGACUUUCAGUCCAAUGUGAUUCUUGGCACGGCGCUGGUUGAUGUGUAUGGGAAGUGUCACUUACUUGCAGAUGCGAGGCAGGCAUUUGAUGGUAUCUCUGAACCUAAUGCCAUUUCGUGGAAUGUCAUCAUCCGCCGGUAUCUUCUUGCUGGGAUGGGGGAUAUGGCAGCUGAAAUGUUCUUUCGGAUGGUCUGGGCAGGAGUUAGGCCGCUUGUUUAUACCGUCUCACAUGCACUUCUUGCUUGCCGGGACAACAAUGCGCUUGAAGAAGGACGGUGCAUGCAUACUUUUGUGCUCCGACAUGGGUACGAGCACCACGAGCAUGUGCGGAGCUCAGUCGUGGAUAUGUAUGCCAAGUGUGGUGCCAUUGAUGCAGCCCAAAGGCUCUUCAACGUGGCACCAGUGAAUGGCGUAAUAAUGUCGACCUCAAUUUUGUCAGGACUGGCUUCUUGUGGGAGGAUUGGUGAUGCAAAGCGAGUGUUCGACGGGAUGCAAGAGCGCAACUUAGUGUCCUGGAAUGCUAUGUUGACUGGUUAUAUCAGGUCCUCGGAUCUGACUGGUGCUUUGCAUUUGUUCCGGCAGAUGAGGAAGGAGACAAAGGAGCUUGAUGAUGUUACACUUGGUUCCGUGCUCAAUGCUUGUACUGGGAUGCUUGAUAUUGGGAAAGGUGAGGAGGUCCAUGCAUUCGCUUUCAAGUGUGGUUUAUUGAGUUACCCUUUCCUAAAGAACACUCUUGUGAGGAUGUAUUCCAAAUGCGGAUGCCUGAGGAGUGCAGAACUGCUUCUUCAAUUCGAGAUGGGAGAGAGAGACAGAUACUCCUGGAAUUCACUUAUCUCAGGCUAUGAGCGCCACUCCAUGAGUGAAGCAGCUCUGCAUGCACUGAGUGAAAUGCAAUCUGAAGUAACUCCUAACCAGUCCACGUUCAGUUCGGCACUGGCAGCCUGUGCCAACAUUUUUCUGCUUAAGCACGGCAUGGAGAUUCAUGCGUACAUGAUCAGAAAUGGCUAUGAGAUUGACGAUAUACUGCAAAGUGCACUGAUUGACAUGUACUGCAAGUGUAGGCUAUUUGAUUAUGGCAUCAGGAUAUUCGAGGCACAGCCAUCUCGUGAUGUCAUCCUGUGGAAUUCGAUGAUCCUUGGCUGUGCUUACAGUGGCAAAGGUGAGUAUGGGCUUGAAUUGUUUGAUGAAAUGCAGGCGCAAGGGAUUAAGGCCGACUCUGUCACUUUCCUCGGUGCACUAGUUUCAUGUAUCAGCGAGGGGCAUGUUGGGUUGGGAAAGAGUUAUUUCACUUUGAUGACUGAGGAAUCCAUCAUUCCUCGCAUGGAGCACUAUGAGUGCAUGAUCGAGCUGCUGGGCAAACAUGGACACAUGGUUGAGCUCGAGGAUUUUGUGGAUCACAUGCCGUUUGAGCCACCAACCACAAUGUGGUUAAGGAUCUUCGACUGCUGCAGGGAAUAUGGAAAUAGGAAAUUAGGGGAGCGGGCUGCCAAGUGCAUCAAUGAUAGCAAUCCCCAGACACCGGUUCGAUAUGAGGCCACUGCGGACUACAUGUGCAGUGAUGGUGGCAGUGCAGAGCCCAUGUCAUUUGGUAACCCGGACGAAGAAUUGAUGUCGCCGCUAGACAAGAACGAAGGGGGCCAGUAUGGAUGCAAUAGGAUUGUCGUGAACUCGGAUAACCAGGAACUUAUGGAGAUCAUGAACAAAGGGCCCAGUAUGCAGUCUCAGAAGAAAAAAAAGAGUAUUUGCCUCUCCGAACAAUCCUGGUGUUCUGGCGCGUAUUCAGUAUCGCCCUUGUUUGUCAGUUCGUUCUGCUGGCAACGACGAGGACACCGCCGCCUUCUGCCACCAUCGAAUUUUCAAACGGAGGCACCUGUUGGCAUGGCGCGACACCACCACCACCACUUCGUCUCCCACCUCCGAGCAUCCGCGCCGCUCGCCGACCUCCUCCGGUCCGCGCCAAGCCUGCCCGCCGCCCGCGCAGCGCACGCGCGCGCCCUCAAGUCGCCCUACGCGGACGAGACUUUCCUCCUCAACACCCUCGUCUCCGCCUACGCGCGACUCGGCCGCCUCCCCGACGCGCGCAGGGUGUUCGACGAGAUUCCCCGCCCCAACACCUUCUCCUACAACGCCCUCCUCUCCGCGCACGCCCGCCUUGGCAACCCCGCCGACGUCCGUGCUCUCUUCGGCGCCAUCCCCGACCCGGACCAGUGCUCCUACAACGCGGUCAUCGCCGCGCUCGCGCAGCACAGCCGUGGCGCCGACGCCCUCCUGUUCUUCGCCGCCAUGCACGCCGACGACUUCGUGCUCAAUGCCUACUCCUUUGCCAGCGCCCUGAGCGCCUGUGCCGUGGAGAAGGACCUGAGGGCCGGGGUGCAGGUGCAUGCCCUUGUUUCCAAGUCGCCGCAUGCCAAGGACGUGUAUAUUGGCAGUGCGCUCUUGGACAUGUAUGCCAAGUGCGAGGGGCCGGAGGAGGCACGGAGGGUGUUCGAGGCAAUGCCGGAGCGGAAUGUCGUUUCCUGGAACAGCUUGAUCACUUGCUAUGAGCAGAACGGCCCUGUGGGUGAGGCGCUGGUACUGUUUGUCAGGAUGAUGAAUGCCGGUCUUGUGCCCGAUGAGGUGACACUUGCAAGUGUCAUGAGUGCGUGUGCGGGCCUUGCUGCGGAUAGAGAAGGACGGCAGGUUCAUGCGUGCGUGGUGAAAUCCGAUAGGUUUAGGGAGGACAUGGUGCUGAGCAACGCUCUGGUGGACAUGUACGCCAAAUGUGGGAGGACAUGGGAGGCGAGGUGUGUGUUUGACCGCAUGGCUUCCAGGAGUGUUGUCUCUGAAACAUCACUCAUCACCGGGUACGCAAGGUCUGCUAAUGUGGAAGAUGCUCAGGUGGUGUUCUCACAGAUGGUCGAGAAGAAUGUCAUUGCUUGGAAUGUGCUCAUUGCAGCAUAUGCACACAACGAAGAGGAGGAGGAGGCACUUAGGCUCUUUGUCAGGCUGAAAAGAGAGUCAGUUUGGCCAACACAUUACACAUACGGAAAUGUUCUCAAUGCAUGUGGCAAUGUUGCUGAUCUUCAGCUUGGUCAGCAAGCUCAUGUGCAUGUCCUGAAGGAAGGUUUUCGCUUUGACUUUGGACCAGAGUCUGAUGUGUUUGUUGGGAAUUCCCUUGUAGACAUGUACCUGAAGACAGGAUCAAUUGAUGAUGGUGUGAAGGUGUUUGAGAGGAUGGCAGCCAGAGAUACUGUGUCGUGGAAUGCCAUGAUUGUCGGUCAUGCACAGAACGGCCGUGCAAAAGAAGCACUGCAUCUUUUUGAGAGAAUGUUAUGCAGUAAAGAGAGCCCAGAUUCUGUCACCAUGAUUGGUGUUCUGUCUGCCUGUGGCCAUUCUGGAUUAGUGGAGGAGGGCCGAAGAUACUUUCGGUCCAUGACUGGGGAUCAUGGGAUAACUCCAUCCCAAGAUCACUACACAUGUAUGAUUGAUUUGCUUGGUCGUGCCGGUCAUCUAAAAGAAGUUGAGGAGCUCAUAAAGGAGAUGCCAAUGGAACCUGACAGCGUGCUCUGGGCUUCUCUGCUAGGUUUUUGCAGGCUACAUAAGAAUAUUGAGAUGGGAGAACUGGCAGCUGGGAAGUUGUUUGAGCUUGAUCCUGAGAACUCUGGACCCUACGUUCUUCUCUCGAAUAUGUACGCUGAGUUGGGGAAAUGGGCAGAUGUAUAUAGAGUGAGGAGAUCCAUGAAGAGCAGAGGUGUCAUUAAGCAGCCUGGCCGUAGUUGGAUUGAGAUAGGCAGGCAAGUGAGUGUGUUUCUCGCACGAGAUAACGGACAUCCCUGCAGGAAUGAGAUACACGAUACCUUGAGAAUCAUUCAGAUGCAGAUGAGUAGGGUGAGUGUAGAUGCUGAAAAUGCUGAUGGCCUGAUGAAUUACAGCUCUGAAGCCUGUGGCUAGAACUAGAAGGCUUGAUACACUUUGCAGGUUGGA